AUGAUUCAUAAUUCUUCUCAUGUAAGGUUGUUUUUUCUUUCAGGUAUAAAUGAAGGAAUGAACCUCAGAGUUGUUCUCUUCUCUGUCACUUUACUCUGUUACUGUUUUAUUGUAGUCGUAAAUGUUGCUCUUAUUAUGACCAUUAUCUUGGAUAAGAACCUGCAUGAACCAAUGUAUAUUCUAUUGUGCACUUUCUGCAUGAAUGGACUUUAUGGGACAACAGGUUUCUACCCAAAGCUUCUGUGGGAUCUGCUGUCUGCUGUUCAUGUAAUCUCUUAUUCUGGAUGCCUUGUUCAGGCUUUUGUGAUGUACUCAUUUGCCUGCCGUGACAUGUCCAUUCUUGCAGUAAUGUCAUAUGACAGAUAUGUGGCUAUAUGUCGACCCCUGGUGUACCACUCGGUCAUGUCAAAGAAGAAACUUUUAAUAUUAGUAUCUUUCUCCUGGUUCACACCUUUUUAUGUUGUGGGAACAAAUAUGAUCCUUACUUCUAGAUUAAACUUGUGCAACACGUAUAUUGCCAGACUUUUUUGUGUGAACUGGGUUAUUGUGAAACUUGCUUGUUUCCCAGCUGACACUGUUGUUAACAACAUAGUCGCUUCCAUUACAAUAAUCGUUUAUGUAUUUCAUGGUUUUUUCAUAGUUUGGUCCUACGUGUAUAUCAUCAAAACGUGUGUGAAUUCUUUAGAAAACAGGGCAAAGUUCAUGCAGACAUGUGUGCCACAUUUAACCUCCUUGCUCAUUUUCCUUGUGACCAUACUUUUAGAUAUCAUGCAUAUACGAUAUGGAUCACAAUACCUACCUCAAGCUCUUAAGAACUUUAUUGCAAUAGAAUAUCUUGUCAUUCCUUCAAUAAUGAAUCCUCUUAUUUAUGGUUUUAAAUUAAACAAAAUUCGGAGAAGAAUAUUUGGUGCCAUUAAUUUAAAAAUUAACCUACUUAGAUAA